GUCGGUGCCGCCCUCCGACCCGGCAAGUGGGAUGUCCAGUCCAUGUCCAUCGGAUGGUGCCUUCCUGGGAAAGGGGCACCUUCUGUUACCACCUCCCGUCUUCCUGCCAGGCCACCUUCCAUGUCAACUGAGGUUGUCAAGGCAGGAGCUUUGCUAUGCUCUUCUCCAGAAAACCUGGCAGGUCCCGGACGUGACUUUCCGAAUAAACAACUCCAAUCCGGUCACGGUGGUAGUCCGGUGGGAAUGCAAUCACGCCUUACCGCGGGCAACCAUGGAAGCCGCGGGGUGACUAGUGGUAAAUUGGUAAUAAGAUUAUCUAGAAGGCCAAGCACUGUCGUGGGCAGAAGUCUCGGCGUCCCGCGAGACGAGACACGAACGUUCGUCUCCGCAUGGAGGACCGAGCGGAUUUCGAAUUCCAUGGCACCGACGGUAUGGCUCGUUCAUUUGCGCCUGUGCGGUUGAUCGUGGAAGAGUAUAUUCAACAGUUCAACAAAAUUCACUUGACCGUUACAUUCCUCGGUCUUCAGUAAUCAAUGCUGGUAUCGUCUUACACGAGGCUGCUCCAUAUGAAUUAGACGGAGUGAAGUUGCCAACAUCCUCGACACCAUGACCCUGAAGAUCAUAACAUUCCAGCUAUUGUGGACCCAGUGCGAGUCUAACCAACCAAGAAGUGGUCCAAAACAUUGCCCUUUCGGGAUCCCGUUGUGUUGAACGGGAUACCGAGUCCGGGUGUAACA